AUUUGUAGCAAGCGCAAAAAACGGAUGCAAACGCCUCAAUCACAGCACGUACGAGUCAAGUUCUAACCCCAUAACCCUGUCGCAGCCGCCCACAACAAUGCGGCUCAGGUGCUGCCUACUGCUAGCCACCGCAACACACGCAUUCCUCGCGCGCCGCCUGGCCCUGCUGCGGCGGCGCACGGCGUGCAGCGCAGCCACAACCACCACAGAAACAGCAAAUGCGACGCUCUUGGCCUGCGCUCAGGCGCCCGACCUCUUCUAUUUGGGCGACAACGAGACGCUGUACCUGCGCUACCUGAAUUCGACGCGACAAUUACAAAAUGCCAAGGUCGAGCCCAAAACUAUAAAAGCGGAGAAUAAAGAGUUGAUAACUCAGCUCUGGCGCGACCGGCGCAUGAUCGUCCACGACAAGGCCGCCUACCGCAAGCUCGUCGACGGCGGCGACACGGCGACAACGCAGCUCUCGGGCGGAUGUAGAAGAGCGGCGGCGAUCUGGGACGACAACCGGGGCCCGGACGAGGCCUCCGCUGUAGACUACAUCAAACUCGUCAAGCCGGAACUACUCCUCAAUGACCGGCGGCCGACAAGGGACGACUUACUGGUGUUGUUAAGGGACUUCAAGGAGCGCUAUCCGUAUUACCGAGGCGCGUGUGCGGUCUGUGGUUCUGAGACGGAGUUUGUGGGAGAGAUCAAGGCGUCUCAGUCUGAAGAAACGGCGGCCAAAGCGGGACGAGUGGAAUUGCGGAGCUGCGACUGCGGCCACGUGACGCGGUUUGUGCGAGCCAACGACGUGGGCUACGCCCUGCAUGCUAGUAGAAGGGGCCGGUGCGGCGAGUACUCGGCGUGUUUUUUAUCAGUACUGACCGCGCUGAAAUUGGAAGCGCGCUGGGUCUUCGACACGACGGACCACGUCUGGUGCGAAGCUAAACUCGGAGGGGAAUGGGUCCAUCUGGAUCCGUGCGAGGCGUCGCUCGACGAGCCGGAGAUCUACCAGGGCUGGGGCAAGAACGGCACCCUUGUUGUUGCCUUUUCGGAAAGGCACGCCGAGGAUGUCACGGCGUACUACUACCCGGACCAAUCAAAGGACGUGGCGACGCGGCGAUUGAAGGAUGGUUUGACGGACGGGGCGUUGCGCGCGGCGCUCGCGGCGUACGAGACGCGGGGAGCGGGGUACGAUCCGUAACUUGGCUUGUUUGUCUUGUUCUCGCGGCGACGGCG